AUGGGAUUCUCAAGCCAACAGCAAGGGAACUUUCAGCCAAGAAGCAAUCCAAAUUGGCACCAACCCAAUGCCAAUUUUCAGCCAUGGCCACCUUAUCCACCAAGACCUCCAUUUCUAAAUCAAAUGCAUCAUCAACAAAAUUAUCAACCACAUUUCCAGCCAAAUCAACCUCAUCAUCAAUCUCAAUUCCAACCUCAAAACAUGCAGCAAGGAAGUAGUUCAAGCGGAUCCGGAAUGUAUUUGGAAGACAUUGUCAAGAGUUUAGCCACAAGUACUCAAACAUUUCAAAAUGAGACCAAGGCGAGCAUCAAGACUUUGGAGCAACAAAUGACUCAACUCGCCACUUUUCUGAGUAAAUUGGAGUCACAAGGCAAACUACCCGCACAAACCGAAAAGAAUCCAAAGCAUAGUGCAUGUGCUAUCACAAUGAGAAAUGGCAAAGAAUAUGAAGGUCAAAAGAUGAUUGAAGAAGAAGAGAUGGAGAUAGAGAAAGAAGAAGAGAAGUCAAAAACACCCUCAAAGCAAGUUUCCAUUGAAGCAAAAUUCAUUCCUUUUCCAUUUCCCACAAGGUUAAGCAAGUCAAAGCGUGAAAAGGAAAAUGAGAUCAUGGAGAUGUUCAGGAAGGUUGAGGUAAAUAUUCCUCUUAUUGAUGCCAUCAAGGGUGUCCCAAGAUAUGCUAAAUUCCUUAAGGAAUUAUGCACAUCUAAAAAAAAGUUAAAAGGGAAUGAAACUAUCAAAGUGGGUGAAAAUGUAUCUGCAGUGUUACAGAAAAGACUACCUCAAAAAUGUAAGGAUCCGGGUGUUUUCACCGUUCCUUGCAAGCUAGGUAAUAUUCAUGUUCCACGAGAUAUGCUAGACCUUGGAGCUUCUAUCAAUGUUUUUCCAUACUCUAUUUUCAAAACUUUAAAUAUUGGCAUAUUGAAGAAAACCGGGGUGAUAAUUCAAUUGGCUGAUAUGUCUUUAGUAAAUCCAAAAGGUGUGCUAGAAGAUGUGUUAGUCCAAGUGAAUGAAUUAGUAUUUCCAGCAGAUUUUUAUGUCCUUGAUAUGGAUGAUUAUGAAUCACCGAAUUUGAGUUCAAUUCUUCUAGGAAGACCCUUUUUGAAAACAGCCCGGAAAAAAAUUGAUGUGUAUGAUGGUACAUUGUCCAUGGAAUUUGAUGGAUAG